CCAUCACCGCCGCCAUCACCGCCGCCAUGACAACGGCCCCGCGCCGCCUCCACUUCCUGUUGCGUCACUUCCGCUGCCGCCACCCGGCGCCGCUAGGCUGCCAAUGGGAGCUCCCACCAGGGGGCGCCACGCCGCGGCGCGCCCCGCUGGGGCCGCUCUAUCCCGCCCGCCCGCGCUUUGUAGAAUGGGCGCGGAGCAGACGAGUUCGCCGGAAGUGCGGGGCCGCUCUGCGCCGCGCUCGCUGCUCUGGGAGGAGUGACGGCAGCGGCGGCCGAGGGAAGAUGGCGGAGGCGGCGGCGGCGGCGGCGGUGCAGCAGCACCGGUUCUUUUGCCACAGCUGCAAGGGCGAGGUCAGCCCCAAGCUGCCGGAGUACACCUGCCCUCGCUGCGAGUCUGGCUUCAUCGAGGAAGUCACUGAUGAUUCCAGUUUUUUUGACAGCAAUUCCCUGGACGACAGCCCCUCCUCUCAGUUCUCAGAGCUCUGGGACCACCUGGACCACGCGAUGUUCUUCCCGGAUUUCCGGCCCUUCCUGAGCGGCGCCUCCCUGGACGCCGAGGGCAGGGACGUGGACCGGGGUCCCCCGGCCGAGCUUUGGGGUCCCCCGGCCGAGUUUUGGGGUCCCGGCCGCCCCCCACGGCUGCCCGUGGCCCGCAGGUACCGGGCACGGGGCAGCUCCCGGCCCGAGCGCUCGCCCGCCAUCGAGGGGAUAAUCCAGCAGAUCUUCGCCGGCUUUUUUGCCAACUCCGCCAUUCCUGGCUCCCAGCACCCCUUCUCCUGGAGCGGGAUGCUGCACUCCAGCCCCGGCGAUUACGCGUGGGGACAGAGCGGCCUGGACGCCAUCGUCACCCAGCUCCUGGGACAGCUGGAGAACACGGGGCCGCCGCCAGCAGACAAGGAGAGGAUCUCCUCGCUGCCCACCGUGCCCGUGACGCAGGAGCAAGUCGACACAGGGCUGGAGUGCCCCGUGUGCAAGGAGGAUUACACCGUGGCCGAGCAGGUCCGGCAGCUCCCCUGCAACCACGUCUUCCACAGCAGCUGCAUCGUGCCCUGGCUGGAGCUGCAUGACACGUGUCCUGUGUGCAGGAAGAGCCUGAAGGGCGAAGAUUCCAGCAGGCAAAUCCCAAACCCCGACUCCUCCGACAGCCCCGUGCAGGAGAGAUGGACUUUCUGACCCUCCUGAAAAGUUCUGGAACAUUCCAGAAGCUUCCAGAGGCAUCCCAGACUCGAGGUGUACAUUGAGAAUUCCAACAAACCCCCCCCUUGAGUAGCAGGAAUUUGGGGGCCCGCCCUGUGGGAUUGCGGCACCGAGCGCUCUCCUCCCAGGAAUUUCUCCUUCUGCUCCACGGAAUUGCCUCGUUAGCCCUAAAUUGGGGGAUUUUUGGGAGUGAUUUGAUUUCAUUUUUUUUUGUAGCAGGAAAGGUUUGGUUGGUUUUUGGGUUUGGUUUUUGAUCCAAAGAGGGGCUCCCAGUCCCCCCUCGUCGCCUUCUCUGGAAAAAGGUUGGGGUAAAAAAAAGGGGAUUUUUGGGAUCUUCCUGCACUCCAGGAGAUUGGAAUUGCAGCCACGAGAGAUUUUUAUUGCCCCGUUUUGGGAUGGAAUCCUUGGGGGUCUGUGAAAUCAUGGCAGGUGGGAGAAGGAAGGUUCUGGAAGCCUUCCUUAGGGGGGGGUUGGACCCUCAGGAGCCCCCGGGAAAGGCUCUGGGGACGCUGUGGUAUCAGGAAUGCUCUGAGCAGGAUUUUGGCUCAUCCUGGACUAUUUUUGGGGUUGAUUUGGGGUUUUUCUGACCCUUUUCCACGUUGCCUGUGGCCCCAGGUGUGUCCAAACCCCCCCACGAGUCAUUCCAGGCAGGAAUUCUGGACCACUCCCCCCCCCAUAACUUAAGGAAACUCUUUCUUUUUCCUGAUGAUUUGGUGGUUUUGGGGGUUUUGUUUCCCAUUUCCUGUGACUUUUCCAGGUCUGAAUCCUGGGAUUUUCCUCAUCCUCGUGGGAUCCACUGGCUGCCCUUUGGGGGGGGACGUUGUGACCCCCCUCCCACGUUCCCAAACCCCUUGGGCUCAGUGGUUCCACACCCACGUGGAUUUAAUUCCUGAUUUUUCUUUGCUCUUCCGUCCAAUAAAGGCCUUUCUCAAUGAA